AUGUAUUCCCUCAGCUUCAGCUCGCAUGCUCCAACCAUCUCAUGGGACUCCAAACUGAGAAGACUCUCUUGCAGAGCCAUUGUCAGUGAGCUUAAACCUAAGACCAACUUCUACAAGGUGCUCUCCUUGGAGUCGGAGACGGUGGGGGUGGAGGAGAUAAAGAAGGCCUACAGGAGCAUGGCUCUGAGGUGCCACCCCGACGUCUGCGCUCCUUGGAGGAGAAAGGAGUGCACGAGGAUGUUCAUCGAGAUGCAGCGAGCUUACGAGACGCUGUCGAACCCUGCUUUACGCAGGAAACACGACAUGGAGUUGAGAUAUGGCAGAAAGGAGGGACAGAGGCGGCGGCCGGAGUUGGACAGAGAAGUCUGGGAAGCCCAGCUUCGCGGACUGCGGCGAAGGUCGGAUCAGCGCCAGGAAGCCAUGGUGGGAGUUGGGAUGCCAUGA